AUGUGGCAGACCCUGAAGAAACAAGAUUUCACAAGCUACUGGGAAGUGGCUGACUUUGUCUCUUCGGUGUCGGGGACGGUCCCGGAGCUGCUCGCGUUCAAGCACAGGUUGCAGCUCGACCUGGGCUUAAGAGCCAGGGUGAAUGAAGAAGAGGAAGCCUCAAUUCACUUUCUGGAGUUAAUUCAAGUCCUUCUCAAGGAUCCCGAAGAGAGACAACAUUUCUUUGCGGAUGUCUUCCCUACUCUGUACGGAUUAGAGUACGAGAGGGAUUUACGAAUAUCAAUAGCUCAAGAGCAGCCUAACCUGUCAGCCCCGGAUGAAUGGAGUCACAUCCACGAAACCACCGUGGAUGAGGUGACCGUCGAGGUCACUGCGGAGGUCGAAGUCGACGAGCGUGAUGCGACGAUGGCAGAAAAUGUCAGUUGCCUUUCGGAAGCAGACGGCGGGGUUGAACAAGCGGAAGCGACGACUACAGAUGUGGAUGAAGGUAAAGAAGAGGGAGGAAUGGAUGAAAAGCAGAGCGAGGUCACAAGGACGCACCAGGCAGACGUUCACCAAGACAACUCCGCAUCCGUUAAGGCUCGGAGCUCUUCGGGACCUCACGACUGUCCGGACUGCGACAAGAAAUUCAAGUUUGCCUCGUCGCUCACAGCCCACAGGGUCAUCCACACAGGGGAGCGACCCCACCGCUGCUCCGAUUGCGGUCGCCGCUUCUCUUUCCGCCAGGCCCUGGAGCGGCACACGAAGACGCACAAAACAGGGCGCGGUUACAAUCGCGCCAUCUGCGGGGAGACCUUUCAGUCCUCGUCAGCCCGCACCGAGCACAAGCAAACGCACAUUGCGGACGGCACGUACACGUGCCCGCAACGCGAGAGGAAAUUGACCCGGGCGCCGGCGCUCUCGAGGCACCUGAAAACUCACAACGUGAGGUCGGCGGGCGUCGAGAGCGACGCCGCGGCGGAGGUGCCGGGAAACGCCGCCCCGGAAAACGUCGCCCAGGUCGCUCCCCUCGUCGACGUCCGCACGAGCCGGCGCAAACGAAAACCCACCGCGAAGAUCCAAGCCAUCGACUCGCAGAAACGCACGAACGGCAAGCGGAAACCCAAAGCCACCGGGGAGAGGCCGACGACCUUGAAGCGUUUGCCCUUCAGUUGCGCGGCAGACGGCGCUUCGACAGCUUCCUCCCGUCCGGAGCGCUCCCUCCGCCGGGCAGAGAAACGGGGUGUUCACUCGGAGGAUGACGAGACGGCCCUCGCUGACGAGCAAUGUCGUUUUAACUGCCAAGAGUGCGGCAAGAGCUUCAAGUUCCUGUCUGUACUCGAGUCCCACCGGCGCAUCCACACAGGUGAGCAGCCCUUCCUCUGCUCUCAGUGCGGGCGACGUUUCUCCUUCAAGCAGUCCCUGGAGAGACACAAGCAGACACACAAGUCCGGACGCAGGUACGAGCGCGUCACCCGCGGGGAGUUCUCAAAGUGCGUCGCGGCUCAGAGGUCGCGCGCGGAGAACGGCGAGUUUGCGUGCUCCGAGUGCGGCCGCGAGUUCGCGUGGAAGUCUGCCCUGACGAGGCACCUCAAGACGCACGGCGAGGAUGCGGGCGAGGCGGCGAGUUCGCUUAAAUGUCCUCGGUGCGAGCUGAGCUUCAGCUGCGCCAGCUACCUCACCGGGCACCUGCGCACUCACCGGGAGGAGAGAGGGCACGCCUGCGGCUGCGGCAAGAGCUUCACCCAUCGGGCGGCGCUCACGGCGCACCAGCGCAUCCACCAGAAAGACAGGCCGCACGUUUGUACGCAGUGCGGCAAGGGCUUCCUCUACAAAGGCGGCCUGGCGACCCACAUGAAGAUCCACUCGGAGGAGAUGCCCUUCAUGUGCUCGUUCUGCGGGAAGCGUUUCAAGAGGGAGCGCAACAUGAAGAAGCACGAGCGCUGCCACACGAGAGAGAACGUCUACAGCUGUUCGCAGUGCGACAAGAGUUUCGUGUACAAGGCCACGCUGAUCAGGCACGAGCUGACGCACUCGGGCGAGAGGCCGUACCUGUGCUCCGACUGCGGGAAGGGCUUCUUUUCCCACGCCGAGCUGCUCAAGCACGAGCGCUUCCACACGGGCCACAAGCCCUUCCAGUGCCCGCAAUGCGAGAAGAAGUUCACCCAGUCGUGCUACCUGACCAUUCACCUGCGCUACCACACGGGCGCGCGGCCUUACUCCUGCGUCGAAUGCGACAAGAGCUUCCUCAGCGCCAACCGCCUGAAAAGACACACGCGGACGCACACGGGAGAGAAGCCCUUCCGCUGCGAGCUCUGCGGCAAAGGCUUCAGGCAGUCCUAUCACCUCAAAACGCAUCAGCGGACACACAACAAGAUAACGUGA